UGUCUGGGACAUGGAGAGAGAGAGGAGCACUCGAGGAGGAGUGUGAUCGGGGUUUAAGCUCUUGUCACUCUUAAUCAGAGGGGAUCCUCUCAGCCGGACACUCGCUGCCAUCUCUUACGCAAGGCGCUUUGUCUCGUCUUAACGGAGAGACCGUAGGAGAGAGCCAGAGAGGGGGACUGGAUCCUUAAACGGGAGUCUGGGGGGAUACUGGCCAAGAAAGUCUCUCUUCAGACAGACCUUCCACAGGGUGACGGGAAGGAUCGCAAGUGUGGAGAGCAGCUUUCCCAGAGAGAACCAUACAGUGAAGAUGAGACCAUGGUUCCUGUAUUAACCUCAAAGAAAGCCAGUGAACUACCAGUGAACGAAGUUGUGUGUGUCUUGCAGGCUGACCUGCAGUACGGCCUGUCUAAGAGUGAGGUGACACGUCGCCGUGCCUACCAUGGCUGGAACGAGUUUGACAUCAAUGAAGAGGAACCACUAUGGAGGAAGUAUAUUUGCCAGUUCAAGGACCCUCUCAUCAUGCUGCUGCUGGCCUCUGCGGUCAUCAGUGUUCUCAUGCACCAGUUUGACGACGCCAUCAGCAUCACAGUGGCCAUUAUCAUCGUUGUGACAGUGGCCUUCGUCCAGGAGUACCGCUCCGAGAAGUCCCUGGCAGAGCUGGGGAAGCUGGUGCCUCCAGAAUGCCACUGUGUGCGAGAAGGGCACCUGGAGCACCUGCUGGCUCGAGAGCUGGUACCUGGAGACACGGUGUGCUUGACUGUUGGAGAGAGAGUCCCGGCUGACCUUCGCCUCUUUGAGGCCACUGACCUAUCAGUGGACGAGUCCAGCCUGACGGGAGAGACCGCGCCCUGCUCCAAAUCCACCUCCCACCAGCCGUCCGCCCACAACGGUGACAUCACCUCCCGUAGCAACGUGGCCUUCAUGGGCACCCUGGUGCGGUGCGGCAAGGCCAAGGGCAUCGUCAUAGGAACGGGAGAAAAUUCUGAAUUUGGUGAAGUGUUUAAGAUGAUGCAAGCAGAAGAGGCUCCCAAAACACCUUUACAGAAAAGCAUGGACCUACUAGGAAAACAGCUCUCUCUCUAUUCGUUUGGAAUAAUAGGGGUGAUCAUGCUGGUUGGCUGGCUCCAGGGGAAACGCAUCUUAGACAUGUUCACCAUCGGCGUCAGCCUGGCGGUGGCAGCCAUCCCAGAGGGCCUGCCCAUCGUGGUGACGGUCACACUGGCGCUGGGGGUGAUGAGGAUGGUGAAGAAGCGGGCCAUCAUCAAGAAGCUGCCCAUCGUGGAGACGCUAGGCUGCUGCAACGUCAUCUGCUCUGACAAGACCGGGACUCUGACCAAAAACGAGAUGACGGUCACUCACCUGUUUACAUCGGACGGACUCCACGCCGAGGUGACGGGGGUGGGAUACAACGGAGCAGGAGAGGUGCUGCUGGACGGGGAGGUCGUGCAUGGCUUCUCCAACCCUUCCCUCAGCAAAGUGGUGGAGGCUGGCUGCAUAUGUAAUGACUCAGUCAUCCGAAACAACACACUCAUGGGACGCCCCACCGAGGGAGCACUCGUCGCUCUCGCCAUGAAGAUGGGUCUGGAGGGUCUCCAGCAGGAGUACGUUCGUGUAGAAGAGCACCCGUUCAGCUCGGAACAGAAGUGGAUGGCCGUGCGCUGUGUCCACCGCACGCAGCAGGACAAGCCAGGUGUGUACUACCUGAAGGGGGCUUACGAGCAGGUUAUCCGCCAUUGCAGCAGCUACAACAGCAGAGGCGCCACGCUUCCCCUGACCAACCAACAGAGGGAGCUCUACCAGCAACAGACGAGCUACAUGGGUACAGCUGGGCUCCGAGUACUGGCAUUUGCCUCGGGGGAGGAGCUGGGCAGCCUGGCAUUCCUGGGGCUGGUGGGCAUCAUUGACCCGCCCAGGUCAGGGGUCAAGGAGGCGGUGGGCACGCUCAUCAGCUCUGGCGUGGCCGUCAAGAUGGUCACCGGGGACUCCCAGGAGACCGCUGUCGCCAUAGCCAGUCGACUGGGCCUGUACACUAAGGGCUCUCAGUCCCUGUCUGGAGAGGAGGUGGACCAGAUGGACCUCCAGCAGCUCUCUCAGAUCGUCCCACGGAUAGUGGUGUUCUUCAGAGCCAGCCCCAGACACAAGCUGAAGAUAGUCAAGUCUCUUCAGAACAUCGGGGCGGUGGUUGCCAUGACCGGUGACGGUGUGAACGACGCGGUGGCGUUGAAGGCGGCGGACAUCGGUGUGGCCAUGGGCCAGACGGGCACGGACGUCUGCAAGGAGGCGGCCGACAUGAUCCUGGUGGACGACGACUUCCAGACCAUCAUGUCUGCCAUUGAGGAAGGGAAAGGGAUUUACAACAACAUCAAGAACUUUGUCCGUUUCCAGCUGAGCACGAGUAUCGCUGCUCUCACGCUGAUCUCCCUGGCAACGCUGAUGAACUUCCCCAACCCUCUGAACGCCAUGCAGAUCCUGUGGAUCAACAUCAUCAUGGACGGACCUCCAGCUCAGAGUUUGGGCGUGGAGCCCGUGGACAAAGACGUGAUCCGGAAACCUCCGAGGAACGUGCGAGACAGCAUCAUCACACGCAGCCUCCUCGUCAAGGUGCUGGUGUCUGCUCUCAUCAUCGUGUGCGGAACCCUGUUCGUCUUCUGGAGAGAGCUCCGGGACAACGAGAUCACGCCUCGCGACACCACCAUGACGUUCACCUGCUUCGUGUUCUUCGACAUGUUCAACGCUCUCAGCUCGCGUUCCCAGACUCGGAUGGUGCAUGAGCUGGGGCUGUGCAGUAACCGGAUGUUCUGCUAUGCUGUGCUGGGCUCCAUCAUGGGCCAGCUGCUGGUCAUUUACUUCCCCCCGCUCCAGAGCGUCUUUCAGACGGAGAGCCUCAGUGUGUUGGACCUGCUGUUCCUGGUGGCGCUGACCUCGUCCGUGUGCGUGGUCUCGGAGGCCAUCAAGUUGAUGGAGCGGUGGCGGGGGGGCGAGCGGCUGACCCAGGCCUCAGACUCCUUCCAUGAAGUAUGACGCACGCUCCACUGCAGAGGGGAGGAGCUAACUGACAGUGAUUGGGGGGGGGGUUGGACAGAGACUGGCAGUUUUUUGUCACAGUUUAAAAUUAAAGUGAUAAAUUCCCCCUCCCAAUCCUCAUUCCAGAAGGAUCUUUUGGACUGUUGCUUUCGGACUCUACCCUCCUCCAGACCAGGGGUCCGACCUUUAGUUAUCCCACACUGUAAACUGUUCAUGCAGCACCUUCUCAUGUCUGGGACUUUAGCAUCCGAGGCAACAUCCGGGACUUCUCGUAGAUCAGCUGCUCAUGUCUAGGUACCGAGACUGCAGGAGGAAGACUUCCUCUGCGUGGAGCGUCUACACAUGCCUUGUGGGUUUCAUGAUGUUAAGUGGUUUCCCACUAGUUUCUUCUCUUCCUCGUAUCACCUUGCCUUCAGCAGUUGGUGGGUGACCACAGCUUAACAGAGUCAGGGAUAUGACUUUCUACAUUCCCUCUUUUCAUGCUCUAACAAUCUCUAUCAUGGAUACGUGUGUCACUCUGAUUAAAGCUUGAAAUGUGUGCAAUCCUUUUUUUUAUGUUUUUGGUUUGGUGUAGACUUGAGUCAGAGUUGACCACUAUAAAUUGUUAUUUGUUGUUAAAUAUACUGGAUUUUUCUGGAGAUUUAAUAGACUUGGUUUUAAAUAAUGUUGAUUAUUCUUAUUUGUUUUCUAUUUUUCAAGUGUUCCCUGGAGGCACACAUGGUUCUUAUUCCCUUACAUUAGAAUCCCAAGGAUUUUUUUUUGUUUUUGUAUCGUGAACAUCUGCUGGAUUCACCAUGGAACCAGUUCUUUGAUCAGAGCUGUUUCUUCUGUAAAGUGUCAGCUCAGCACCUCCUGUGAAGUGUCAGGCUGGUUCAAAUGUUCUAACACUAAUACAGACCAUUAUUUGCGUGAGUGCAGUUUCCACAGUCCUAAUGCUGAUUCCCCCAAAUAAAUACAGCCAUGUUUUUCAUGAUGUCUGGUUUCAAUGAAUGAUUGAAUACAAAUGUUACUCUAGAUUCAGCAACAUAGAAACUACGUUGUGGAACUAGCUCCGUCAGUGAUAUUUGAACAUUGAUAUUUAAGGCACUGUUAAACAUAGUGAUGUGGACUAUACAUCCAAUAUGUCAAACCUUCUGUUUGAGCAAGCUAAGGUCUUCUGUCAGUCUGUGUGGAACGCUGGUCUGUGUUCUCAUCGCCAAGAACCCUGUCUAUGUUCUGUUCGCCCACCGUUUACUGUCUGUCUUAGAUGCAUCUGACUUGCUUUUUCCAUAUUUGGGAAUGUACUUUUGCUCAGUGGGUAUGGAGAAAGUUUGUAAAGACCUGUACAGUCCACACUAUAAUGUAAGUGCAAAUCUAUUGGUCUUAGUGACAUUUAUAUGCACUCAUAUAUAUGCUGUUGGUAACUAUUGCACACUGUAUCUCAUCUGAUUUCGGCGUAUGUAUUGGAGGCCCUUAUUGAUGAUCCCAAGUUUAUUAUAUUCUCAGGCUUCUUUUAGGAGUUGUCCGUUUUUGGGAGGCAGCCUGUCAGUCUUGGUUGCUGUCAGAUCACCAAAGUCUGCAAGAAUGAACACAUUUAGCUCCAAAAUGAACAUUACAACCCCAGAAUUUUAUAUGUUUUCAAUGUACCUUUGUUAUUUAUUUUCUCGUUGUAAAUCAUCCAGUUAUUGAUUUGUCUUUGUGAAUUUUUCCCGUUGGCAAGGCAACAACAAAUUCCCCCUGGCCAGUAGAGCACCUAACCUAAACACUUAACACCCAAAGCAUAUAAAUCGCGAGCUAUUUAAAUAAAUACUCUUUUUCUAA